AUGGAUUCUUCGAAAACGAAAAUUCUCGACGGUGAUGAAGAAUGUAGCAGCAGUGAGUCCGGCUGGACAAUGUACAUAGCUUCAUCACCGGACAUCGAUAAUGCAGACAACCUUGAAGAAGAAGAGGAAGCUGAUGUCAGCUUAGGUAAGCAGGGCUGCAAGAAGGACGAUGAUGACGUGGACAGCGAUGAUGACAUGGCUUCCGAUGCAUCAUCCGGCCCGAUCGAUCAGAACCGACAUUUGUACAAAAAUGGUGCUUCGGCAGUCGGCCAUGCAGGAAAAAAAGAUGAAAAGAGAAAGUCUGCUACUGAUGAGAAAAAAUAUGAGAAGCAAAAAAAGCAUCAUGAGAGGAAUGGAAAAGGAGAUAAGUAA